UCUGAGAACGAAGGAGGAGACGAGGAGUUUGAGGAGAAGGAGCACUAACUCCUGCCUCUCCUGCUGGAUUACUGACUCCACUCUCCUCCCAGCACCUCCCAACUCAGGAGGAGGAGGAGGAGGAGAGGGAGGUACACCAUGGCUGAGCCCCUGCUGAAGAGGACCUUCUCCAGGCUGAGAGGCAAAGACAGAAGCCGCAGGAAGACUGACCCCAAACUAAGCGAAGCUCCGGUCCGGCCUGACACCGCCUUCCAAUCUUCUUCAUCACCAUCAUCACCAACACUGACAGACCCUGACCCCCCAUCGCCUCCUCGCAACCACAUCACAGUGGCCAAGAAACAACAGUGGGCACGUCAGGGGUCUGCAGCUCCACCCCGUUUCCUGACCCCGAGCUCCACCUUCAGAUCCUCAGACCAGGAGAGACCCACAGGGAUAUCCCAGGAUGCAUUUGGGCAAGCCUGGAGCCAGAGGCUGGUGCAAGACAAGGUGCAGCAGUGUGCUGACAGGAUGUGCACAGCUCUGGCCUGGGAUAAGACCAGUACCUCCUGUGUUAGUACAACAAUACAUCAGGAAGCCUCCCAGACAGUAGGGGGCCCCACUGAGUCUUCCUCCACCUCCGUCAGUGUCAAGCUGUCUGGCCAGCGUGCCUACCUCCAGAGCCUAGAUCGCAGCAGCCGAGCCUGGGUGCUGUCCUCAGGAAAGACUACAGAUGAGGUGUGCGACCCUCAGGCAGACAGUGGCGGCAACAUCUGGUACAACCCGAUCCCUGAGGAAGAGGACUCAGGAGGUCCACGUCGGGAAGAGGAUGUAUGGAAGAGGAGGGCCAAAAAAGAUGAGACAGGACCUGGAGCAGAUUUUGGAGGAGGUUGUAACAAUGACAGUCCACUGGAGGACUGUCAUUGUUACAACCUCACCAAUCCAAGUGUCAGUCACCAUGUCGAUGACAUCAAAGCAGAAAGUACAGACUCCCCUCCAGACUCUAGCCCUGCUUCCCAAAAGAAAGGGGGCAUGUCCAGCAGUGUGAUUGACAGGUUGAGGUCUCCUGGUACGGUGAGAAAACUCUCUCUCAAGAUGAAGAAACUUCCUGAGCUGCGCCGCAAACUCAGCCUCCGCUCAUCAUCUCGGGCUCAUCGCCAGGGAAACGACAGUAGAGGGGGCUUAGACGAGUCAAUUGUUAAGAACACAGCAUCAUCAUCGGCACUGUCCAACCAGAACGUGAUCAGCAAGUAUCACCUGGACAGCACCACCUCUCCAGCCCGACCACAGCGGCGCGCAUCGAGAGGACGCUCGGCCAGUAAAGGAGGACAUCUUAGUGACGGGGACUCCCCUGAGCUACUGCCACGACAACAGCCCUCUCAACAUGUGACCUCACAGGAUGUGCCCUGCAACGUCAGUUCAUUCCAGUUGUACGUGGGCUCCGACCCGCCGCGAUGCAGCCAGCGGGUGACGGGUUUACUGACAGUCCACUUGCUGGGUCUGGAGGAGAUGAAGACCAGCAGGUCAGAGGGCAGUAAGGAGGUCUUCCUGGCCAUACAGAUUGAUGGGGUAACGAGAGCUAGGACUGCCCUCCUGACGCUGCGAGGCUCCGCCCUCUCCUUAAACCACACCUUCCACCUGGAGCUGGAGAGAGCUCGGCAGCUCCGCAUAGUGGUGUUAACACCAGUCUGUGCAGCCAAUCCUCCAGCAGCAGGUGGAGUCAAACCAGCAUUUGAGCAGAGUCCCACUUCAGGUGGUUCAACUAGAAACCGAGUGUGUGGUCUGGGCGGGGUCUCCAUCCCUCCGCUCUUUAAAGGGAGUCGCAGUCAGCAGCUCUGUGUGAAACUGGAGCCCAGAGGACUUCUUUAUAUCAAACUGUCUCUGCAGGAGAAAUGGGACACGCAGCCCAACAGUGACACAGCCACACCUUCCUCUGUGUUUGGGGUCGAGCUGCACCACCUGGUGGAGAAAGAGGGCUCUGCAACUCCAGUCCCCCUGCUGAUCCAGAAAACUGUGGCAGAGAUCGAGCGACGAGGACUGAAGGUGGUGGGUCUGUACAGGCUCUGUGGUUCUGCUGCCGUGAAGAAGGAGCUCAGGGAUUGGUUUGAGAGGAACAGUUCAGCAGUGUGUCUGUCUGAGGACCUUUACCCUGACAUCAAUGUCAUCACAGGUAUUCUGAAGGACUACCUGCGGGAGCUGCCGUCCCCCCUCAUCACCAGGACUUUGUACCAGGUGGUCCGGGAGGCCAUGACUCUACAACCCCCACCUGUCCCACCUGCGACCCCUGACCCCCAACUGUCCCGGAGCACCAUGGAGCUGCUGUCUUGCCUACCACCUCCAGAAAGGGCCACCCUGUCGCUCCUGCUCGACCAUCUCAGCCUCGUGGCGUCUUUCAGUGCCGCCAACAGGAUGACGCAUCAGAACCUCGCCGUGUGCUUCGGCCCCGUGCUCCUCACGCCAACCCAGGAGGCAUGGAGGAUGGGAGGAGGAGGAGGAGGAGGAAGAUCAGGAAGAGGAACAGCAAAGGGUUUCAGUCACGGCGAGGAAAUGGCGAGUGCCGUGGACUUCAAACGGCACAUCGAAGCGCUGCACUACCUGCUGCAGCUGUGGCCAGUGCCAACCCAUCGAGCGCCAGUCAAUGAAAAUGCUGAUGCCUCCCCUCCCCCUUCCCCGACCCUUGCCCAGCAUCCUUUGGGCCAGCAGCAUCGGCGUCCUGCGCUGCGACUGGCUCUGCCACAAAGCCCCGAAGAGGAGGUGGUGGUGUCACGACGGGGGCGCGGUGGAUUGGCCCGGCUGGAGAGUCCACCACCAAUCAACAGGUACGCAGGAGACUGGAGCGUGUGCGGACAAGAGCUUCUGACCGGACAGGAUGCCGACUAUGACGAGGUGGCAGGAAGUGAGAGUGACGCAGGCAGCGAUGAUGAAGAUGAGGCGGUGAAGAAGGGGGCGUGGCCACCAGGAGGCGGUGGCGCUCUAUACAUGGAUGACUUCCUGGACUUUGAUGCUCCGUUUAACUGUCGACUCAGCCUGAAGGACUUUGACACACUCAUCCGUGACCUGGACCGCGAGCUCGCCAAACAGAUCUGUCUGUAGACGAGGGGAAGGAGGAGGAGGAUGUGACUCAUCUGAUCUGAAAUUUAUCAGAUGAGUUUUAAAAUGAAAAUGAAACUGUGUGGGAAAGUAGAUCAGCUCGUAGUUUGACCUCUGACCUUUCACUCCACAACUGUUUUCAGCAACUUUUCACGGCAACACGGAUGAGCAGCAUUGCAUUAAUAAUGGAGAGAUUAACAAAGCUCAGAGUUCAUCAAAGAAACUGAGGGUUUUAUUUAAAAAUCAUUUGUUUUAUAAUUUUAUGAUUUAAUUUUAAAAUGUUAUUUAAUUUUAUGAGAAAACAAAACCUCUUCAUCGCAUUUAUUUUCAGUCUGAAAAUUUUUUAGACUGAAAAAAUUUAAUGUGUGGCAGUGAAACUUUGUUUCACUGCCACACAUUUAAAAAUGCCAGCGUAUUAAAAUAAAAAGUUAAAAAUUUAUUCUAAAAAUGAAAGUAAAAGA